AUGAUUUGCAAUUUCUUACUUUUCGAUCCGCCCUACCGCUAUGAACAACCGCCUGCGGUUGCAAACACGGCUGCCGCUGCGAAUAUCAACGCAAAUGUCGACACCGAGCCACUUGGGCCCACCUCUGCGCCGGAUACUGGCUCAAUGCAUCCGUGGUUAUCCAGCCUCGAUACUCCAGGUAAUCUAGACGACGAUGCUGAAUCGUUUGGAUCCGAUAUUCCUUACGAGGGCAAAUCCCAGGAGCUAUCGCAAUCGACUGGUACCGUACAAAAUGGACCUGGAAUGACUUCCCAAGCCCCAAAGAGACACCGAGAUGAGUCCGUUUCCAGCAAACCUGGAAACAAGCGCACAACAAUAUCCAUAACGGGCUUCUACUCUUCCAGGCCAACAUCUCUGCGAUGGUCACCUUCCAACGUUGAAUUUCAACUUCCGACUGUGGACCAAGCUUGCGAACAACCAUGA